ACAUGUACAGCUUAUAACUCCAAACCCACUAUCAAGCCAGAGCUGGGAACUUUUCCCAUUCUUGUGAGACCAGGGCAAGAGAUUGUCAUUGACUACACAGACAUGAUUGUUCCAGUAAAAGGGUUCAGAUAUGUACUGAUGUGUGUUGAUAAUUUCACAGGGUGGCCAGAGGCAUGGCCGACAAAAAGAGAGGACAGCAAAACAGUAAUCAAGUUUCUGGUAAACCAGUACAUCCCAAGACAUGGUUUUCCUUCAAAAAUACGGUCAGAUAACGGUAGACAUUUUAAGAACACUGACCUACAACAGGUCGAGAAAAUGUUGGGAUUAAAACAUGCAUUCGGUACCGUUUAUCACCCUCAGUCUCAAGGGAAAGUUGAACGUAUGAAUCAGACAUUAAAACAAAAACUAGCCAAAAUUUGCGCUCACACAAAAGUUAACUGGGUCGAGGCACUACCCAUAGCGUUGAUGGCCAUCAGAGCUUCAGUAAAUCAGGGCACAGGGUUCACUCCUUAUGAGUUGACCACAGGUAGACCUUUUCCAGGUCCAAGUGCAGGAUUAGGGCUAGAAACGGGGACUGAGGAACAUUUUAAUCAUAAAAUGUACUGGAAUGACCUUAGAGCAUUGGUGUCUAGUUUCUCACAGCAGGUUGCAGAUGCCACAGUAACUAACAGAGAACAGACGUCUCCUACGGCGGACUGGGUACUGUUGAGGGUCAUCAGGAGGAAGUGGUCUGAGCCCAGGUGGACCGGUCCAUUCCAGGUCACUGAAAGAAC